AUGCUGGCUAAGCUGCCUCCGAACCUGCCUGCUGCUUUGGCGGGUGGCAUGGGUGGCAGUGUUGGUGGUAACAUGGGUGGUAACAUGGGCGGUAACAUGGGUGGUAGCAUGAAUGGUAACCCGAGUGGUAACAUGUCAGCAUCAAUGCUCCCUCUCCUCCUCGCGUUCCUUGCAGCUCCUUCCGUAACCCUCCGCCCUCCCCCUUCCUCUGCUCCCACCCUUCCCUCCUUUCCUCCCAACAUCACCCCUCACACUCUCGUCCCUCCUCUCUCGACCCCUCCUCCUAGGGCCCCUACUUCCCAAGACCCCCUCUCUCACUCGCCUUUCCUCCUCUCUCUCGUGCAUCGAGUGGAGCGAUUGGAGAGGGUAUGUGCCAGGCUGGAGGCUCAGGCGCAGGGAGAGAUAUCGGAACUGAGGUGGGGAUUGAUGGAGGUGAUGGUGGUGGUGGUGGUGGUGGUGGUGAUGGUGGUGGUGGUGGUGAUGGAAGUGGUGGUGGUGGUGGUGGUGGUGGUGGUGGUGGUGGUGGUGGUGGUGGUGGUGGUGGUGGUGGUGGUGGUGGUGGUGUGGUGGUGGUGGUGGUGGUGGUGGUGGUGGUGGUGGUGGUGUGGUGGUGGUGGUGGUGGUGGUGGUGGUGGUGGUGGUGGUGGUGGUGGUGGUGGUGGUGGUGGUGGUGGUGGUGGUGGUGGUGGUGGUGGUGGUGGUGGUGGUGGUGGUGGUGGUGGUGGUGGUGGUGGUGGUGGUGUGGUGGUGGUGGUGGUGGUGGUGGUGGUGGUGGUGGUGGUGGUGGUGGUGUGUGGUGGUGGUGGUGGUGGUGGUGGUGGUGGUGGUGGUGGUGGUGGUGGUGGUGGUGGUGGUGGUGUGGUGGUGGUGGUGGUGGUGGUGGUGGUGGUGGUGGUGGUGGUGGUGGUGGUGGUGGUGGUGGUGGUGGUGGUGGUGGUGGUGGUGGUGGUGGUGGUGGUGGUGGUGGUGGUGGUGGUGGUGGUGGUGGUGGUGGUGGUGGUGGUGGUGGUGGUGGUGGUGGGUGGUGGUGGUGGUGGUGGUGGUGGUGGUGGUGGUGGUGGUGGUGGUGGUGGUGGUGGUGGUGGUGGUGGUGGUGGUGGUGGUGGUGGUGGUGGUGGUGGUGGUGGUGGUGGUGGUGGUGGUGGUGGUGUGGUGGUGGUGGUGGUGGUGGUGGUGGUGGUGGUGGUGGUGGUGGUGGUGGUGGUGGUGGUGGUGGUGGUGGUGGUGGUGGUGGUGGUGGUGGUGGUGGUGGUGGUGGUGGUGGUGGUGGUGGUGGUGGUGGUGGUGGUGGUGGUGGUGGUGCGGAAGCUAACAGAAUCUCUUAAAGAGCCAGGGGCUGCUGUGGUGCAAAGGGCGGAUGUUACCUUGAUGGAGUAUAUGGGGAAAAGUGGAAUGGGGAGGGAUGAAAGCAGCAGUGAGAGGGAGAAGUGGAGAAGUGCGAUGGAGGAAAGUGGGAAUGAGAAGGAGGAUGGAGGGAUUGGAGGGGAAGUGGGGGAAGCAGCUUCUGAGGUUCCUCUAAGGGUUGGUGCGGCUGAAGAAGAGGGCGAGGAGGCUGAAGAAGAGGGCGAGGAGGCUGAAGAAGAGGGCGAGGAGGCUGAAGAAGAGGGCGAGGAGGCUGAAGAAGAGGGCGAGGAGGCUGAAGAAGAGGGCGAGGAGGCUGAUCAAGUGGAAGUGGAGAGAGAUGGGAAUGGUGAGGCUGAAGAAGAGGGAAAGGGGGGUGAGCAAGUGGAAGUGGCGAGGGAUGGGUUGGGAGCAGACGAGGGGCGUGAGAAGAGUAAAGUGGACAGUUGUGGGGAUCUGCAAAGGUCGUUUGAAGCGGAGGUGAGACAAGGAGUAGAGGCUGUGGAGGAAGCAGGUGGUGAGAUGGGGGGAGGUGGUGCGAUUGGGGCAGGUGGUGAGAGGGGGGGGUGUGGUGGGAUUGGGGCAGGUGGUGAGAGGGGGGGAUGUGGUGGGAUGGGGGAAGUAGUAAGGGUGGAGGAAGGUCAUUCGAGCAAGAAGCGCUGCAUUCAUGAGGAGCAGAUGGAGAGCGGUAGGGGGGUGGUGGAGAGUGAUGGCGAGGUGUUACAGAAAGGAGGGGAGCCCUCGGAAGCAACACAAACGGGAGAGAAGAGGGGGUUGGUGAAAGAGGGGUUGGUGGAGGAGCGUUUGGAGCAGAGAAGCAGCAAGGAGAAAGCAUCAGUAAUACCGUAA